AUGUACCCAUACCACAGUGCACCCUUCAUUUCCAUACUGGCAUGCUUCCUCGAGGCCGACUCAGCCACCCACGUCGCCACAGCGGCCGAGCCCAGCACCGUCCCCACCAUGGCACCGGACGGCCAUCGCCACCAUGCCCACGCCGAGCCUAACGAGCCUGACCAGCGAAGCCUGCCAGAGAGGCCCACUGCUUGCGGAAAACAAAAUCCUCUCAAGCCGGCCUCCCCUCCAUCCUUGGCCGUCACAUCGCCGCGAAUAGGUCGCCCACCGUACCCGUCCGUACCCAACCCACCCCGUCGACGUCGCAUUCGGCUUGCUCGCCUCGCCUCGCAUCGUCCUCGCCGUCUCCUCUUCUCUACUCCGCAUCUCGUACGCCUACGUACGCACGAAUACUGUCUGCUCGCUCCCACCCUCCUUUCUGCCCUCGCCGAAAACGACGAUUCGGAGAGAAAUAGAGACAGAGUGUGUGUGUGCGUGUGCAGCCUUUUUUACCCACCGGCCCCAAAGGCGAGAGCAUCGACAUCAGCAUCGGCAUUUGCAUCCUCCCACCUCAGCCUCGCCCUCCGCACCGUCACCCCAUCACGACAAGAUAUCCCGCAUACAGCUCCCCUCGCCCUACGCUUCGCCACCCCUUCUCCGUUCGUCCCUACGCAGCCUCCUCCUGCCUUUUCUCGCCAUGCGGAUUUGACGAACACCAUCGAUCCCACCUUUUGA